AUGCUUGCAAAAGCAACCUACAACCCGUUGGGUGUGUCUGCAACCCAGACCCCUACAACUUCCUACUACACUGGGUCCUCGCAGAAGCCCACCGCGAUUGGAGAUUCACAGAAGGGGAUGAUGUUCACUAGUCCCACUGAGUCAAGUUUUUCUGACGCGUACGACGGGCUUGAUGCUGUACGAUCUUGGGAUGAGAAGCAGGUUAUUACCUGGCUUCAUAGCAUAAACUGCGGCCAAUACGAGGCAUUGUUCAAAGCGAAUAACUUUAAUGGUAAUAACCUCAUCGAAUGCGAUCAGAAAAUCCUGCAGGAGAUGGGAAUCAAGAAGAUUGGCGAUCGUGUGCGGAUAUUUGUUGCCAUCAAGCAACUCAGGAACAAGUCAGUCCUUAACGGCAAGUCGAGGAAUCUGAAUCAACUGGCUACACUGGAAGCCGUAUCCUACACAAACACUUCAUCGGAGCCAUCACGUCCCUCCAAUCUCCGGCAGACUUCUGCAACUUCUACGACACGCCGCUCGUCUCGAGCAGCCGAGACUAAUGCUCUCAACUAUUCUGCUAACAGGCCGUCAUCACGGCCCGAAUCGCCUCUGCGUCCUCAGCAGUAUGUCGCUAAUAGCCCGAUGGAAAUGGGGCGUAUGGAACAGGGGCAAAGCUACUUCAGCCAUCCGUCCUCCGUUAGCUCGAUGACCAGCCGAAAACCGGGAACGCCCAGCGAACGAUCUGGGUCGCAUUUGAGGCAAAACCCUAGUUUGGAUGGCUUGACUAUGGGACAACUACCGAUGAACUCGCCCGUUAUCAGAGUGAUCUACACAGGGGGGCAAACUAAGAUGCUGGACAUCAAACACUGCAGGGAUGCCGAUGAGGUCGUUCUCUGCGUGCUGAAGAAACUACAGCUCCCGGAACAUCAAUACCGCAAUUACUGCUUCUACGUUUUGGAUGGCCUGGAGCCAAAUGCUGCCAACUGUAGAAGACUGACAGACCAAGAGCUCAUGGAGGUGUGUGAGAGUACUCACAGGUCCGAGCGGGGUCGUCUUAUCCUUCGCAAAAUCCAUGCUGGGGAACCCGAUCCCGAUGAGCUUCGUCGUGCUUCUCAACUGGCGGUAGAUGAAAGCCAAUUAGCGCAUAUGAAUGCUCUGAGCAGUUCAAAUGUUCGCAACCAGCUCAAGAUCCAGCAGCUGACUGGGGAGCCCUGGCAUAAUAUCAGACAGCCCAUGUCACCCGUCUCUUCCAGACACAACCAGACACCUAGUGAGCACGAUAUGCGACCGCCCAUGAAUGUGGAGCGCCAGGUGGGCAAGUUGCGGUCCUUCUUCGGUGCCCGUCCUCCAAGCGAGAUGAUCAUCCACGAGAUCACGUCCUACUUCCCUAGUCACCAGCGGGAGGAAAUCGAAAAGACCAUGCGCAUGUCCGUUCGCAGAUCUCAGCGCCUGAGCCGGGCCGCAAGCCGUUUGAGUGUCGUCAGUAAUACAAGUUAUGCGUCUAGCUUGAGAGAUGCGCCCCCGAUUCCUAGCAUUGCAGAUACCUGGCUUAAUGCCGGGCCACAGCCAGCUCGCGGUCAGCGGCCACUCUCAGUUUCCAAGUUCAACCUUCCUUCCGCUACGUACAGAGAUUCGAUUGCUUCUAGCUCCCUUCAGCCUCUCCAGGAAGAGUCGCCCAUCGAGCCUAAUCGCGAAUCAUAUGUUUCUUUCGAUAGUGGCUCGGAUGACCCCACCACGUCGCGCCAGAGCCUUGUGGAUGAGAACGCAAGUGUUGCUGCAACGGAUGGAGGUUCACUUAAUGAACGAUUGAGCAUCCUCGUGGCAGAAGAUGGGGAAGAGGAAGAUGAUGGUCUCAAUGACUUCUUGGCUGGAAACAACUUUGCGCCCAAGAAUUGGAUGAAGGGAUCCCUAAUUGGAGAGGGUUCCUUCGGAAGUGUUUUCCUCGCUCUUCAUGCCAUUACUGGAGAGCUUAUGGCUGUGAAACAAGUUGAGAUUCCGUCUGCAACCAAGGGCACCGAAUUUGACAAGCGGAAGAAUAGCAUGGUUACCGCCCUCAAGCAUGAGAUUGAACUUUUGCAAGGGUUCCAUCACCCGAACAUUGUGCAGUACUUGGGCACUGCUGCUGACGACCAGUACUUGAACAUUUUCUUGGAGUACGUGCCAGGAGGGUCCAUUGCUACCAUGCUCAAGCAGUACAACACGUUCCAAGAGCCUCUGAUCAAGAACUUCGUGAGGCAAAUCCUUGCCGGUCUCUCUUAUCUUCACAGCCGUGAUAUCAUCCAUCGUGAUAUCAAGGGCGCCAACAUCCUUGUUGACAACAAGGGCGGCAUCAAGAUCUCCGAUUUCGGUAUCUCUAAACGGGUAGAGGCCUCGACUCUUCUUGGUGCGCGGGCUAGUGGUGGAGGUGGCCACGCACACCGAGUCUCCAUGCAGGGUAGCGUUUACUGGAUGGCACCUGAAGUGGUUCAACAGACAAUCCACACCAAGAAGGCCGACAUUUGGAGUCUGGGAUGUCUUGUUGUCGAGAUGUUCACCGGCGCGCAUCCCUUCCCCUCCUGCAGUCAACUGCAAGCAAUCUACGCUAUCGGCAAAGAGAAAGCCAGACCUCCCGCUCCCGAACACGCGAGCGACGAAGCCGUGGCAUUCUUGGACAUGACCUUCCAAGUUGAUUACGAAAAGAGACCGAGCGCCGACGAACUUCUCAAGUGCAAAUUUUUGGCCAAUCCUCUUGCAUGA